GACUAUAUGAUGUAGAGUACAGAAUACUAGUGGUAUGCCGGGAUGGAUCCCUUUGUUAUCUAAAACGAGGUUGGCCGGCAGCAAAGAUAAUAUCCCAGCUUGAUAGCCAGGCUGUCGGACUCAUCAGGAGAGAGAAGAAUCUUGUUAUCGCUACAAUGGAUAACCGGUUAUUCUCGUUUACAACGAAGGGAAAGAAAGUUUGGCAGAUUAAGCUGCCAACUGCAGUCACAUGUUUAGAACAGAUGAAUAUACCAGGUCGAGGAUUAUCCCUGGUAGCCGUAGCCCUAGCUUCUGCACAUGUUCUCAUCUAUGAUGAUAAAAACAUUAUUGAUCAUUUCAAGAUGGAUGAGACGGUAUCGGCAAUGAGGUUUGGAAGGUUUGGUAGAGAAGAUAAUACCCUAGUUCUAGUCACAUGUACAGGAACAUUAGCUAUCAAGAUACUCAAGAGAACUGCUCACUUCGAGAACCUGGAGAUAACAUCAGCUCCUCUUAUAGGGCAGAAUACAAAGCUAAAUAUUCCUAAGAAAACUAAACUAUUUACAGGGCAGAAUACAAAGCUAAAUAUUCUUAAGAAAACUAAACUAUUUACAGGGCAGAAUACAAAGCCAAAUAUUCCUAAGAAAAAAAAACUAUUUACAGUGCAGAAUACAAAGCUAAAUAUUCCUAAGAAAACUAAACUAUUUACAGUGCAGAAUACAAAACUAAAUAUUCCUAAGAAAACUAAACUAUUUACAGGGCAGAAUACAAAGCUAAAUAUUCCUAAGAAAACUAAACUAUUUACAUGGCAGAAUACAAAGCUAAAUAUUCCUAAGAAAACUAAACUAUUUACAGGGCAGAAUACAAAGCUAAAUAUUCCUAAGAAAACUAAACUAUUUGUGGAUCAGACAAUGAGAGAAAGGGAGAGUGCUACCUUGAUGCAUAGAGUGUUCCAACAUGACUUGUAUCAGCUGAGGUUGAAUACUGCUCGGGCAUUUGUCUCCGCUCUUGAGACAAGUUCUAAUCCUGUAUCCAGUGAUCCAGAAGAACCCAUCAAACUUACAGCUCAGGUUAUGGGACUGGGACCAAUGUUCAGAUUGAUCAUUGUGCUGAGUAAUACAAGUUCUAAUAUACCGUCCAGGAACCUGUACAUUACAUUCUACUGUGAUGAUAAACUUUACAAGGUUCAGAAACCCUUGAUACUAGUACCUAUGCUUGUACCUGGAUUGAAUUAUCAGUUUGAGACGUUGGUUGAAUCAAUGUCGGAGAUGGGAAUAGCUGAUCAAAUCAGAGUGUUUGUGAGUCGAAAUGAGAGAAUUCAACCCAUCCUGUCAGCAAUUAUUAACAUGCCAGUCUCUGAGAUGGUUUAAAAUACUCAAAAGAUGUACUUUUUUUUAUCAAAAUGUGAUUUUUAGUUUCAUAGUAUCUAAUAAAAUUAUU